AUGCGUUUUUUGUGGCUGUCCAGAAGGCACCUCACACGGAGCGAGUCCCACCUGAAAUCCGUGUCGUCUUUUCUUCCCUUACAUGUGAUAUACCGUCCAUUCACCAGUGACUCUAACGCGAUUUCUCCUGGAUGCCUCCUCCUCUCUCAGGGGUUGGUGUCGUUUGAGGAUGUGGCUGUGAACUUCACCUGGGAGGAGUGGCAGGACCUGGAUGAUGCCCAGCGGACCCUGUACAGGGUCGUGAUGCUGGAGACCUACAGUAGCCUGGUGUCACUGGGGCACUGCAUUACCAAACCUGAGGUGAUCGUCAAGUUGGAGCAAGGAGCAGAGCCAUGGACAGUAGAGGAACCCCUAGAGCAGAGCCUCCCAGAUGUCCAGACUGCAGGUGACCUGAUGGAGACUGGCCAGGAGUAUCAGAGCAGACUUUUGUGGCAAGUUGGAUUGGCCAACUAUGAAACGUCAACGAAGGAGAGAACCAGUUUGGGAAAAACACUUAAUUUGAGUGCAGCCGACGUUUCUAAACUGAUUAUAAAUAACGGAAGCUACUCAGGAGUGAAGCCAGAGUUGUUUAAUGUGUGUCAGAACACGUUUCUCCCUGGUGAGCCUGGUGGGAUGCGUGUUGGAGAGAAUGCCGAGGAAUGUCAUACAACGGGGAGCCCCCUCAGGUGUGCCGAGUGUCCUGGUUGUCAUCCGAGGAAUCAGACUUUGCGGCAGCCUCUCGAAUUUAGUGGGCAAGGGAAAGACUUCAACAAGGGGGCAACACUCUGUACCUAUAGGAGAGCUCACAUGGGAGAGACUGCCUGUAGGUAUAAUGAACAUCGGGAAGCCUGUGGUAAGUCAGCUGUCACUGCCCAAGAGAGAACUCACAUAGGGGAGAAUCACUGUGGAUGUAACAAAUGGAGGAACACUUUUUGUGAGAAACCAACACAGUUGCAUGUUGGUCUAGCCGAUUUCGAGGAGCAACACCAUAAACAUGAUCAAAGUGGGGGUAAUUUCAGCAAGAAAUCACACCUCGCUCAGCUUUCGAGAACUCCGUUAGAAGAGAAAACUUUUGAAUGUGAUGUAUGUGCUAAAACUUUCUACAAGAGGUCUAAUCUCAGUAAACAUCGGAAAGUACACACAGGAGAGAAACCCUAUAAAUGUAGUGAGUGUGAGAAGACCUUCAUUAGUAAAACAGUUCUUAAAGUACAUCGGAGAACUCAUACAGGGGAGAAGCCCUAUGCAUGUGUCGAAUGUGAGAAAUCUUUCUGCCAUAAGUCACACCUGACUGUUCAUCAGAGAAUCCACACAGGGGAAAAACCGUAUGAAUGUUAUGAAUGUGGGAAAUCCUUCCCUGUGAAAACAAAACUCACCGUACAUCUGAGAACACACACAGGGGAGAAGCCCUAUGAAUGUAAUGAAUGUAGGAAAUCCUUUUACCAGAAGUCAGCCCUCACCAUACAUCAGAAGAUUCACAAUAGGGAGACACAUCAUGAAUGCAACGACUGUGGUAAGACAUUCCAUAAGAAGUCAGUUCUCACUGCACAUCAGAGAACUCAUACAGGAGAGAGACCUUAUGAAUGUAAACAAUGUGGGAAAUGCUUUGGCCAUCGCCCAGCUCUCACUGUACAUCAGAGAACUCACACAAGAGACAAACCUUAUAAAUGUAACGAAUGUGGGAAAUCGUUUUGUGUGAAGCCAAAACUCACUGUGCAUCUGAGACUUCACACAGGUGAGAAGCCCUUUGAAUGUAAGGAGUGUGGGAAAACUUUCUACCAGAAGUCAAAACUCACUGUACACCAGAGAACUCACACUGGUGAGAAACCUUAUGAAUGUAAUGAAUGUCGGAAAACCUUUUGUGAGAAGUCAACCCUCAAUAGGCAUCAGAGAACUCACAGAGGAGAGAAACCUUAUGGAUGUAAAGAAUGUAGGAAAACUUUCUACCAGAAAUCAGCCCUCACUGUUCAUCAGAGAACUCACACAGGAGAGAAACCCUAUGAAUGUAAUGACUGUGGAAAAACCUUCUGUCAGAAAUCACACCUCAGCAAACAUUUGAGAACUCACACAGGGGAGAAGUCAUGUGUGGCAGAGACUGGCUGUAUGUAUACCAAAACUCACUUUCUCUUUGUGUUGGGCACACAGUUAGCCUACAUUUCUCAGCCUCCCUUUGUUGUGGGUGGGACCAUGUAACUGAGUUCUGGCCAAGAGAAUAUGAACACACAUGAUGAACAUUACUUCUAAGCCUGGCCACAAAAAAACCAAAAACCAAAAAAACAACAUGCAUUUGCUGAGUUUUUUUAUUCCCUGUGCUCCUGAAGUGCAGAUGACACACAGGUUUGUCUUCAAAGCCAUAGAGUGAAGAUUGCAACCAUGACCUCAGGCAGAAAGAAUUGAUUGUGGAGGGCAGAAAUCUUUCCAUCUCUACCUCAGAAAUCCUCACUUGUACUUUACCUGAGUGAGAACCCUUCUAUGUGUGACCUGACUACAGCACUACCAGUCCAUUGUAGCCAGUUCACUUUAUGAAUUUGUGAAUUUGUGGGAGGCUUCUGUUGAAGUUACCAGUCCUUGUGUAGGAAACUCACAGAAGAAAGAACCUGUGUUUUCAUCUUUCAACCCUAAGUCAGAAAUCAUAGGAAGAAAUAAUGCAGUAAAUGUAGGAAUACCUUUAUUGGUCAGAGAUAGCUCAUUGAACAGUGAGAAUAAAGUAAAACUUAUAAAUACCUAUUGUGUCCAAAUUUUCAACUGAAUGUCUGACUUUGUGUCUAUCAGAGAAUUUCCCAUUAAGGGAAAACUAUCAGGUUAGGUAAUGUGGAUGAAAAUUUCAGAUAGAAAUGGUACUGUAUUGAAAAAAAUUUUUGAACUAGACGACCAUUGGUUCUCUGCUGCGGGUGAUUUUGCGUACAAGGGGAUAUUUGGCAACACUAAUGGUACUAGCAUGGUGUCAAUUCUGCCUUUUUCUAUACAAGGUAGUUGUAGGGCCCAUGAAAAUUCUAAGGGGUAGAGAAAUAGGCUCCACCUUCGAUGUAAGAGCACCUUAAAUAGUAUGUGGGAUGGGACAUAGUAGUGUGGCCAUCUUUAGAAAAUGCAAUAGGACACUGUCCACUUUAUGACCACCGAGUUCACAUUGCUCACACAUGUAAUCUGUACUAUAAAAUUAAAGGACCUCAAUUUAUAGAGCUGUUUAGCUCAAAAUGUAGGACCUCAUCAUCUGUAUCUGGUCUACAUGCACAUAGUCUUUUUGGACACAGUCCCUUGUCUGUGACUUAGUCUGAAAACCUAGGACCUGAUGUGACUAGUUAUGUGCCCUGCACACACUCAACACACAAUGGUAGCACAGAGAUGAGGGAUUCACCGAUGGUCCAUUCGAGGGAGAGGAACUGGGAGGCACUUAGCCUCCCAUACACAGAAACUGAAAUCUAGCAGGGCACACCAUCAGUUCCUUAAUUAGGAUGCAGCGGUUCUGGGAAUGACGUUAGGGCUCUGGAUUCUGCACUCCGUCACCGCUCUUCUGCAUGACCUAGGCCUGAUUUAUUCAUUUUGCUAUCUAGUUUCUUCAGUUCUGGUUCCUGCCCAGAGGGCUCUUCUCAUUUGAACUGUUUCUAAAACUUGUGAUUCAAAUUGAUUUCAUGCCUUUAAGAAAGCUUUUGGAUUUCUGAUAAAUUAUAAUGUAGUCCACUAGGUGAAAGCCACCCCUAUAUUUCUGGAACAGGAUCCACUCCACCUCGAACUGAGAGAUGUGGGGACAGUGCUACUAUUUAUCAUCUCUCGUAAGGGUUUACAAGGCACACUCUAUUUAGAGUCUCAAGAAAAGGGUCUUAGAGCAACACCCUUGGUCUGAGUUUCGCUCUGAGGCUCCAUUUUGCCGGUAGCAUCCUGAUUGUGACCUGUAGCCUGCAUUCAUUUCAUACUUCAGGGAUCUUUGUUCCUGACUGGAGACGCUGGGAAGGAGGAACAGUUUUAUUUUCACACCUAGGUAGUCCUGGCUCCUCGGUGUUUUGUCUAGAUUGUUCUCUAAAACUGAACGAUUUCUUUUAGCUCCUCUGUCUCUACCUAUACCUAUGGUAAGUGACUCUACCAGCUAUGGAUUUUUUUCUUUUUGUCUCAGCUAGAAACCCACCCUUGGUUGCUCUACUGUGUGAUGCUGGGGCUACAUUUCUCUUAUUCCAGCUGACACAAUCUCUGGGUUUCCAAAGAAAGGGCGUGGAGGGCAACUGCAAGACAGCAGGAAGGAGGAUCUUUUUCCUUGGCAGCUAUCCAUGUGGUUGUGAGCAGGGGUGGGGAAGGUCCUGGUCCUGUUUCUCUGUCUAGAACUUCAGUACAGUGAAUAGUAUUUGAACAUACCCUAAAGUGCUUUAAACAUUUCACUGGUAAGUAUUAAAGAAGGUACCUUCUGUUCUAGAUUUUACAUUUUUUUUUUAAUUUAAAUAGGUGUUGGAUUUUGUCAAAGGCCUUUUGUGCUUCUGUUGAAGUAAGCAUGUGUCUUUUUAUUUAAUUUAAAAAAAUUUUAAUCUUUAUUUCUGAGAGAGUGAGAGAGACAAAAGGAGAGCAGGGGAGGAAGAGAGAGAGAGGGAGACCCCAAAUCCAAAGCAGGCUCCAGACUCUGAGCCGUCAGCACAGAGCCCGACGUAGGGCUCGAGCCCACGAAUCAUGAGAUCAUGACCUGAACCAAAGCUGGACACUUAACCGACUGAGCCAUCCAGGCGCCUCUCAUGUGUCUUUUUUUAUUGUGAAUCACCUGAAGCUGCAAAAUUAGCUGAACUGCUGCUAUUCAAGGUGAUUAUUUCCAUUGCUACUCAGGGGAAUGUACUAAUUUCCAGGCAAUGCAGGAGUUGUUCUGAUAAGGUGUAACCAAUUCAUUUAUGACACAGGUCUGUUUAACUCCAUGUCAGAAAACUGGGAGAUUUAUGCCUGGUGUCUCUAACUGACGGAGUAAUUUCCCACCAUGUCACAUUCCCCCGUUCUUCCACAGAAACAGUGCUCUCCAGGCAGCCUGUUUGGAUCUCUGCAAUCCCACCAUGUUAGUGUCCUACCUGGAUGUGGGAGUCUUUCAAGACCAGGAAUCUCUCCCUACUUCAGUCACUGUAUUUUGGCUCAGGAGCACUGCUGCCCUUUAUUGGCUAAUCAGUGGAGACUGUGGGCAAGGGACUGACUGGAUGAGAACCCCCAGCACCUCCAUCCCCACUGUUGAGAUUUCUGGGAUUCGGUUUACUUCAGGCCUGAAUAAGGAAUUAAAGAAACAAUCACACUG